AUGAGUGCCCCGCUCCUCUACUUCUCCACCUCCUCUGGUGCCUUGGCCCUAGUGAAGUUGCUGCUGCCGCUACUGAUGGUGCAACUCUGGGGAUUCCGUAAUUCUCCCACUGUUCACGAUCCAGCUGCGCCCCCUGCAGACCAAUCGGCCGCGCAGGCGCUAUUGCUUCCGGGAAACGCCACGCAGGUGGACCUUGAGACGUCUAGCGUCCCGUGCACGCGUGGCUCACAACCCUGGCAGGUCUCCCUCUUCCAUAACCUCCAGUUCCAAUGCGCGGGUGUCCUCGUCGACCGGAACUGGGUGCUCACGGCCGCACACUGCUGGAGAAAGAAGCCACUGAGGGCUCGAAUUGGGGAUGAUCACCUGCUGCUUUUCCAGAAGGAACAGCUUCGGUCCACAAAUUCCCCCGUUUUCCACCCCAAGUACCAGCCUUGCUCAGGCCCGGUCCUGCCACACCGCUCAGAUGAGCAUGACCUCAUGCUGCUGAAGCUGAGGAGUCCUGUCGUGAUAACGCCGAACGUGCAUCCGGUGCAACUGCCCUUCCAGUGCGCCCAGCCAGGGCAGGAGUGCCAGGUCGCGGGCUGGGGGACCACAGCCUCCCGCAGAGUGAAGUACAACAAGAGCCUGACGUGCUCCAGGGUAACUCUCCUUAGCCGGAAGCAGUGUGAGGUCUUCUACCCGGGCGUAAUCACCAACAACAUGAUUUGUGCCGGGCUGGACAGAAACCAGGACUCUUGCCAGAGUGACUCUGGUGGCCCUCUGGUGUGUGACAACACCCUGCAUGGCAUCCUCUCAUGGGGCAUUUACCCCUGUGGUGCUACCCCGCACCCGGCCGUCUACACCGAUGUCUGCAAAUACAUGCCCUGGAUCCGGAGAGUCAUUAGUUCCACGUGACCAGCCUCUCACACCCGUCUUCCUCGCCCCUUUCCUCCUGCCAUGCCCACUCACGCCUUUGAGCAUGCAUCCUCUCCCCUCACCCGUCGCCCACUCCUGUCUCUGCUCACAAGUUCAGAAAAUGAUGGCUGAGAAACUUCUAGUACCUCAAGGAAGCUGACAGUCUCCAGUCUCUGAGAGUUAUCAGAGUCAUCCAGCUGGGCUUCCUCUACCUCCCUCUUCUGUGUGACUGGGGCAAGCCUGGUGCUUUCUCUGUGCCUUGGUUUCCUUGUCUAAAAAAUGGGGGCAAUGAAUUGUCUACCUCUUACAUAUGUGUGUAGAGACUAUGAUGGAAGGUGCAUGUAUGGAAUUUUAUGGUAAUUGUCUUGGAGAUGUAGACACA